UGGGAUAUAGAUUGAUUUGUUACAUUAUAACUACACUGCUAUGGAAAGUGACACUGUGGCAUCAUCUUUAGUUCAGGAUGACACUGAACCCGUUAUCUCUGACCACAGUGGUGGAGAUAGCCCCGUAACAGUUGAGAACGACAUGGCAGCAUCUUGUGAUACUGUGGACGAGAGCCUUUCGCUGACUCCAGAUGUAGAGUACCAAGAGAAUCAUGAUAUCGGUGUACCCUCUGGAACCAGCUCAUUGCCUGAUGACGAUUCUAACAUUGUGACGGCCCAUGUGGACCCGUUAGGUGUUACCUCCAGUGAUGUGGGUGAAUCAAGUCAAUCUGUAGGUGACAUGGAACCCGUUGAUGUAUCUGUUGACCUUAGAGCGAGGUUGGAGACGUUAGAGCAGGCCCUAUCGUCCAAGGAGCAGCAAUGCGUUAUGUUGGAGCAGCAAUUAAUACAGGCUAACCGUCAGGUUGAGACUUGUUAUUACCAGAUGGAGGAGCACGCUGAUACGUUGCGUCAUCACGUUGCUGAGUUAGAUCGCAAGGACCAGGAGCUCAUGUCUGCCCGUCGUGACCUUGAGCGUCUUGAUUUGCUAGAGUCUGAGAAGCGCCAUUUGAGUGAGAUGGUGGCAAAGUUAACCCAUGAGGUUGAUGUGCGGACAGAGGACGCGACUGUUGCAAGGAACACUUUAUCACAGAUAGAGAAGAAGCUUGUUGAUCUGACUAAUGACAACAUGUUACUUAAGGACCAUGUGCAAACUUUGGCAUCUGAGCAUUCUCGCAGUCGAGAUCUCGUUCGUACAAUGGAGGAGGCAUCUUCUCGGGGUGAAAUUCAAUAUCGUGUUUUGGAGACCGAGUUGGCCAACGUCAAAGACCGUCUAGAGACCAAAGAGGCUGAGAUGUCCAAUUUGAUGACCGAGCUGGCGAAUCUGCAGGAUGAGUACCUUCGGUCCAAGGAGCAGCUGCACGCAUCUGAGAGUGAGUGCCAAGCUCAUAAGGAGAAGGCUUCGGAGAUAUACAGUUUAUACCAGCAGCUUCAGGAGGAGAAUAUGGGCUUGGUAUCUGAAUUGAAGGACCUCGGUGCGAAGCCAGUGGAGCCCAUUGACAACAGUGACAUAAUUCAGCAGUGUCAAGAGCUUAGCACCCAGUUGGAGGCUGCCACUCAGCAGUGCAGGGAGCGUGACUCCGCUUUGUCCGAGCGUGCUUCUAAGAUCCAGAUGUUGGAACAUCGCAUCAAAUCUUUGGAAACAGAGCUGCGUCAGAAAUCGGGAACUCAGGAGCAAUCCAAUGAAGGUUCUCAGGACGCCAUGCGUAGACUUCAGGAUGAAAUACGCAUAAUUAAGAUAAACAAUGCGGGUCUGGUUAGUGAGAUAUCUUCUCUUAAGGCCCAGAUAAAUGAUAAGAACGCGCGCAUAGACCAGUUAAAUUGUGAAAUUAUGACACAGAAGCGUAAGGACGCUCCAUUGGCUGAGAACGGUUUUGACGUUGACUUGGAGGCGUAUAUGGGUAACCGUAUGAGUGGCAUGUCAUUUUCUGAGUCUAGCAAGAGUAUGCGUAUGCUAUCGGUUAUACAGGAGGCUGCAAAGCGUGUUUUGAACGAGCCAUUUUACCGCAAGUGUUUUAUGAUCUACGUGGUAAUACUGCAUAUACUGAUGAUAGCUCUUUUGAUGACCUAGACAUC